GCUUAAAAACAAAUUGUAUAUUCAGGCGAACGAAAUGCCUCUUGGGAGAUUUGACAGGUCAUAGGUGCGUGGCAGUGUUAGACCGAAGCCACGCCCCACGAGAAGGCUUAAAGCCUUAAACUAUAUAGAAAAUUGGAAAUAGCCCGAAGCAUCAGUUGUGUUGGGACGUAGUAGCAUCAUCGUCAAGGAUUGUGCAACCAUGAAAAUUUAUCACAUUCCUUGUCUCCAAGACAAUUAUUCCUACUUGAUAGUGGACGAGAGCACCAAAGAAGGUGCAGUGGUGGACCCUGUUGAGCCUCAGAAGGUUCUCGAAGCUGCCAAUUCCCAUGGCGUCAAUCUCAAGCUUGUCCUCACUACCCACCAUCAUUGGGACCAUGCUGGUGGAAAUGAACAGAUAAGGCAACUGGUGCCUGGAAUCAAGGUCUAUGGUGGUUCAAUUGAUAAUGUGAAGGGUUGCACCGAUAAGGUCGAAAAUGGGGAUAAGGUUUCCCUAGGAGCUGAUACUAAUAUAUUGUCUCUUCACACACCUUGUCACACCAAAGGUCACAUAAGUUAUUAUGUGACUGGCAAAGAGAACGAGAACCCUGCUGUUUUUACGGGAGAUACACUGUUUAUUGCAGGCUGUGGGAGAUUUUUUGAAGGAACUGCAGAACAGAUGUAUGAGUCACUCUGUGUAACACUAGGUUCAUUGCCAAAGCCAACCCUCGUUUACUGCGGCCAUGAGUACACAGUGAAGAAUCUGCAAUUUGCUCUGACAAUUGAGCCAAACAACUCAAGGAUACAAGAGAAGUUAGCAUGGGCUCAGAAGCAGAAUCAAGCUGGCCAACCUACAAUUCCCUCGACCAUUGAAGAAGAGAUGGAGACCAACCCAUUCAUGAGGGUUGACUUACCCGAACUUCAGGAGAAGGUGGGUUGCAAGUCCCCUGUUGAAGCUUUGAGAGAGAUACGCAAGCGUAAAGACAAUUGGAAGGGCUAAUAAUAUUAUGUUACAUUUGUCUUUCUCUGUAAGAAUGUGUUUAUAGACAUUUACAUUUACAUAAGUUGUAACAUUUGGCGUUGCUUAAAACCACCUUGAAGCUGAAAUGAAAAAUAUCAUUAUCAGUAAAUCAGAUGCUUGUUGUGUUAGAGGCGUGGAUUGUGAUUUGCAUAGUACAAUGUUUUUGUUGGUUAGUCUAAACAAAAAGAUGAUGUAUGUCAUUCAUGUUAUCUACUUCUGAACUAGCGACA